CACACGCACUGACACAGCUCCUCCCCACGUGUUUUGAGUGACUGCAGCUCCACGAUCAGCAACAUGGCAGCAGAUAAACGCACAUAUAAAGCUUUAGACUGACCUGCUGGAGGAAUUCAGCUCCACAACACCACUGUACAGUGAGACGGGCUUCUUCUUCUGCGUUCAGCCGCGUAGUGUGGGUGAUUUAGCGGAACCGCCGAGGCCUCGGUUCGAAUCCUCCAUCAGCAUCUUCUCCUCUCUCUCCAGUCUUCAUUAUGGCCAGUGGAGACGAUGAUGAUCCUAUCAUACAGGAGAUUGAUGUUUACCUGGCCAGAAGUCUGGUGGAGAAGCUCUAUUUGUUCCAGUAUCCCGUGCGUCCCGGAUCUAUGAGCUACAAUAAUGUGACUCAUUUGGCGGCCAAAAUCAAACCCAAGCAGCAGAAAGUUGAGCUGGAGGUUGCGAUGGACACCAUGAGUCCAAACUACAGCCGUAGUAAAGGAGAACAGAUCGCGCUGAACGUGGACGGCAUGUCCUCCGAGGACUCCAACGUCUACACAACGAAAAUGAUGGACAAACAAUCGUUCUCAUCGAUUCAGGCGACCACGAACACGUCUCGCUACGCUGCGGCUGUGUUUCACAAAGGGGAGCUCCAUCUGACUCCACUGCAGGGAAUCCUCCAGAUGAGACCCAGCUUCACCUAUCUGGAUAAAGCAGAUACGAAACAUCGAGAACGAGAAGCAGCCAAUGAAGCUGGAGACUCUUCUCAGGAUGAAGCAGAAGAUGAUGUUAAACAGAUCACUGUGAGGUUUUCCAGACCCGAGUCUGAGCAGGCCCGUCAGCGGCGCAUCCAGUCUUACGAGUUCCUGCAGAAGAAACAGGCCGAGGAGCCCUGGGUUCAUCUCCAUUACCACGCCAUAAAGGACAGCCGGUCUGAACACGAGCGCCAGUAUCUGUACUGUCAAGCCAUGGACACCACAGAAAACACAGAGCUGGUCAAAACACCACGUGAAUAUCUGUCCAUGCUCAUGCCUCCGCUGGCUGAAGAAAAAGUUGUUAAACCUGUGGGUCCCAGUAAUGUGCUGUCCAUGGCUCAACUGCGCACUCUUCCUCUGGGAGAUCAGGUCAAGACGCUGAUGAAGAACGUGAAGGUAAUGCCGUUUGCCAAUCUGAUGGGUCUGCUGGCGUCAGGAACGGACUCCACUGCAGUGCUGAGGUGCAUUCAGCAGGUGGCGCUGCUGGUGCAGGGAAACUGGGUCGUCAAGAGUGAUGUCCUGUAUCCCAAGAACACGUGUAGUUCACACAGUGGCGUUCCUGCUGAAGUGCUCUGCCGCGGUCGAGACUUUGUGAUGUGGAGAUUCACUUUAGAGCGAACCCUGAUGAGAAAAGAGGUCGCUGCCAUUAUAAAGCUUCCUCCAGAGGACGUGAAGGAUUUCCUGGAGCAGAUGUCUGUUCCCCGGCUGAAUCGUGGCUGGGAGUUUCUGCUUCCCACCGAUCAGGAUUUUGUCAAGAAGCAUCCAGACGUGGCUCAGAGGCAACACAUGCUCUGGAUGGGCAUUCAGUCCAAGUUGGAAAAAGUCUUCAACUUCUCCAAAGACGACUUUGUGCAUAAAAAGGAUGCGCAGACGGAGCCUGUUCACCUCAGUGGAGACCAGCGUCUGAAAGCAGCCAGGGAAAACGCUCAAGAGAAGCAGUCCAUCCUGCAGCGAGAUCUCGACGCUCACCGAUUGAAGACCUCGAGACUUUCUGGCUCCCCGGGAUCCGCUGGUGCUUCGGUCACAGUGAAGCAGGAGCCGGUGAGCGACUCUGAGGAGCCGAUGGACACAGGUGUACCGCUCACCAAUGGCUCUGUCAACGGUUACCCCGCAGCCGGCUCUCCAGUGUCCGACCCGCACAACGGACACGGACAGGCCUUCACGCCCGAGCUGCAGGACUUUGUGAAAAACACCUUCAGAAAGCAUUACGUUCUGUGUCUGAGCGAAGUCAAGCGGCUGUUUAAUCUGCAUCUGGCCAGUUUACCCAGCGGCCACGCGGCGUACGGACAUGUGACGGACCGCAUGCUGCAGGACACCAUCCUGCACAGCCACUGCAAGCAGAUCCUCGUGCCUUUUCCUCCUCAGAGCAGCGCUGCCGCAGACGAGCAGAAGGUGUUUGGUUUGUGGGAGAGCGGAGAAACCUUUGACAAGCUCCGACAGGUUCUGUUCGAGAUCUUCAUGAAGAAUUAUCGCGUCAGGAGAAACGUGAUCCAGACGCGUCUCACACAGGAGCUCGGAGACGCCGUCAACAAAACCGAUGUGGAUCGACUGCUCAAGGAGUGUUGCAUUAGUCUGGGAGGGAUGUGGUAUCUGAAAGGCACCGUUCACUCCUGACACACACCAGCAGUGACGGACACCUGUCAAUCACCAUCAUCUCCCUCACAGGAAGGAGCCAACUCACCAACCAAUCAGAGGCGUGUGCCGAGCAACUGGGUGGAGCUUCAGCAUUCAUAAACACAACAGAAGAGCUGAAGGUCACACGAGGACAGCGCCGCUCUUUACUUUACUACCAGAGUACGUAAGAUGAGGAUCACACUCCGGCUCGUUCUGUGAGGCCUUCCAGAGCUCCGCAUCAGAUUUAGGACCUUGUUUGUUAUUAGUUUGUUCUGGAAAAGACUGAAAUAAGAGGAGAUUAUUGGUUUAUUAAUUACUUAUGAUUUUAUUGCUUCUAGACUUUCUUUUUGACUUGAAGGACAGCAGCAGAUGAUCAAAUAACCGUCUGCAAUGUUCAGUUGUGCUUCAUAUUCACUAUGUUUACAGGUUUGAUCGUGGACUCUUGGAUAUCUGGAAUGAUUUAGAGUAAUUCAGACCCUCAUUUAAAUCAAGUUGAUGAAUAUUUAUUAGCUUUGUUUCUUUUGGACCUAUAAGGGCUCAGAAUGAUCUAAAUAUGUGAAUAAAUGCAGCAUGGGUCAUGUCUGAAUGCUUCAGGUUAUGUUUGAGCGAUUCUGAAAGUGCCUCUUUAACUCUAUCAGGGGAAACAUGCAGCGGUGUUAUUCUGCUUCUGACUGAACUCAUGUGUGUGUAUGUGUGUGUGUGUGUGUGUGUGUGUGUGUGUGUUGUGGAUCUCCGUCUGUGUGUGUUAAUCAUUCCACAUAUUCAGAUAAUCAUCGAUCCACGUCUGACAGUCACCAUUUUUUAUUUGUACAUUAUUAUGAAUAAAUGUUGCACCCAUAA